AUGUUGCAUCACGAGAGCCUAGAACUGCUCUCCCCAUCAAACUACGACAACGACGCGGCUUCGUUACGAUCACCAUCUGAGCAAGACUCCGACUCCGAAGAUGACGAGUUCCUUCGCCAUCCCCGCAGUACCCUAGAGCUCGCCAAGCACGAUCAAAGUGUCCUUGAAGAUGAAGAUGAGUUGGAAAAACUGUUGACGAGACGGGGUCCGGCUCAUGGGAUACGUCGUAUGUUCAGUCCCAAUGGGAGCAAUGUCCGCAUUGGAAAGAAAGAACGGCGCCGGGCGCGCAAAGAAGCCAGGCUGUCGCGCCGGGAGAGGGUCAGCGAGGAAGGAGAACUGAUGUACGAGAUGGAAGAAGGCUUUGGCGACGAUGAAUCUUUAAUGAGCGGCUCCUCGACCGACUUGGAUGACGACGAUUACAUAUACGAACCGCCAUCCAAAUUUUCCUGGCAACGAUACCUGUUAAUCUUCGCCCUCGUCGUCGUCCUCUUCCUCAUCCUCGUUCUAGGCGCAUACAAGGCCUCCACCGGCUUUCGAGCUUCCCAAAUUCCCUUGCAAUCACUUCUAUCCAACGGCACGGCCCUUUUUGCCCCCACCACGAUCCUCAUAUCCCUGGAUGGAUUUCGAGCGGACUUUCUCGACCGUGGCCUAACCCCGUCGCUCAACUCACUGGUUGCCGACGGGGUUUCUCCUCAAUACAUGAAUCCCAGCUUCCCCAGCGUGACUUUUCCCAACCAUUUUACAUUGGUUACUGGAUUAUACCCAGAGAGCCAUGGGAUAGUCGGGAAUACCUUUUGGGACCCAGUUUUAGAAGAAGAAUUCUACUACACCCACCCAUCAGUCAGUAUGCUAUCUAAGUGGUGGAAUGCUGAGCCGCUGUGGGUGACUGCGGAGAAGAACGGAAUCAAAAGUGGCAUUCACAUGUGGCCAGGGUCAGAGGCUCAUAUUGGGACACCGGAACCGACCUUUGUUGAUAAAUAUAAUGGUUCCGAGGCGUUAUCGCGCAAGGUGAACCGUGUUAUGGAGCUUCUUGAUCUGCCCGGCGCAGAGGACAACUCGCAAAUGUCACCGGAGCGACCCCAGUUCAUCGCAGCCUAUGUACCAGAUGUGGAUCGAGAUGGUCAUAAAUUUGGACCUAACAGUACUGAAAUUAGAUCCACAAUUUCCAAGGCAGAUGAAAUGGUGGGAGGUAUUCUGGCCGGUCUGAAAAGCCGUAAUCUCACUGACGUGGUGAAUGUUGUCGUGGUUUCGGAUCACGGCAUGGCUACCACUUCGAUCGAUCGCCUUGUACAGCUGGAUGAUAUCAUUGAUCUUGAUCUUGUCGCACACCUGGAUGGGUGGCCGUCUCGCGGAAUUCGUCCUAAGCGACCGGAGGAUUUGGCAACUUUGCAAUCUCAGCUAGAAAAGGCAGCGCCAGAGUAUGAGCAUGCCUUUGAGCUUUACACGCUAGAUAAUAUGCCUGAGCGUUACCAUUUCACGAAAAAUGAUCGCAUUGCCCCAUUGUGGGUGAUCCCGAAAACGGGUUGGGCCAUUGUAGAACGCCCUGAGUUUGAUGCAAAGGAAUCUUUGAAGACGGGGGAAGUUUACGAACCUAAGGGAAUUCAUGGGUAUGACCAUCAACAUCCGCUGAUGCGUGCCGUCUUCAUUGCUCGGGGACCAGCGUUUCCUCACACACCCAAUAGCCGACUCGAACCAUUCCAAAACAUUGAGGUUUACAAUAUAUUAUGUGACUCUCUGGGGAUUGAUCCGCUGCCGAACAAUGGAACUCUCCGUCUUCCCCUCAACCCCGUCGGACUCCACUCAGAUGAGGAAACGCCUUCUCUAGAACAACCUGCAGAUCCACCUCAGUUCACAUCUACUACGCCUGCUCCGUCGGAGCCGACCAGUCCAGCACCUGAGGUUCCACCCGCCCAGACAUCGCCUGCGGCUGAUUCCGACAGUAAAGAUGAGAAGAAGCCAUGGUGGCAAAGCGCGUUGGAUAAGUUAGAAGGGUGGAAAGAGUGGACUGAGGAAUUAUUCUCGGCUCAGAAGGAUAAUCGUCCUUCAAGUGCAUAG